ACCGUUAUCCGUAAAAGCCAUCACCCCAUUGAGCCCCUCAUGAAGCUCGUGCGUUAAGAAACUUUUGUAUUUAUGUUCCAUGUCAGAAAUGAUUGGCAAGACAUGUUGGCGGUAUCUUUGAAUGGCAAAUGUAAAUUUGAACCCAAGUUUGUCCGUGAUCUUUCACAGUUAAUGACAACAUUGACUCUUACGUUGUCUUUUAAGUAGUUCCUCAUUUUAAUAAAUUCUCUGGACAGAGAAUGUGACCUUAAGUACUAAAAUAGUUUAUUUCUUUUUGUGUCCUUCAUGAUAGCAUUAGAGAACGCCAUGUAUCCGAUCAUCAGAUCAGGACUGGCGAAGUUUGAUGUCAGUUUACCCGAGGAACUCCAGAACUAUGUCAGUUACUUAUUAGAUGAGUCAGCUAAACUUCACUUACGUAAGCAAGUACUCCAACCACCUCGUGCCUUAGAGGAAUUACGAGAAGCAAUGGAUGAAGACGAAUUGAAAACAUUCCUUACUAUUCACAUCAGAGAAGGUGCAUGGCAAGUGGUGCUGCUGUUUACGGAUGAGCUCCCUAAAUAUAAACUACCAUGGGACUGGUGUCGUAUAAUUCAUAACGAGGACGAGGACGAGGACGAGAACAAGGAGGUGUCUAAUGAAGUGAUAUACAGUUCGACGUCAGGCAUAUUGAAGGCGUGGCCAACAAAGUACGACCCUAGUUUGGCAACACUGUGUAACGCGAUCACCAACAAGGACUGGAAAGUAACCAGAUUAAUUCUCUCUAUGAGUCGGACACCUGAUGAAGGUUUGAAGAACUUGAGUACAGCGCUUACUCAGAGUGAACUUUACAGCCUGACACUGCAUGACAUUGGUUUACAAAGUCAAGGAUUAGAACACCUGUGUAACGCGCUAACCAGCGUUAACUGCAGAUUAACAAACUUAAACGUCAGGAAUAAUCAGUUGGGAGACUUGGGAGACGUAGGAAUAAUGCACUUGUGUGACGCGCUAACCAGCGUUGACUGUACAUUACCAAGCUUAAACGUCAGUUCCAAUCAGUUGGGAGACAACGGAUUGAAACACUUGUGUGAUGCACUUACCAGUAGAAACUGUGCGUUAACCAAAUUGAAAGUCCGUUUUAAUAGCUUAGGGGAUAGAGGAAUAAAAGAAUUGUCUGAAGUUUUAACCAGCGGAUUCUGUGCAUUAACAAGUUUAGACGUAAGCGGCAAUGAAUUUGGAGAUGUAGGAAUCAAGCACCUGUGUAGGGCCUUGACUGAUACGAAAUGCAAACUACAGAGCUUAAACCUCUGCAGCAAUCGGUAUGUAAAUCGGUAUGUAACAGAAGAUGGUAAAAAAUAUUUGUCUCAAAUGUUAACUGGUACUGACUGGGAAGAUAAAGGAGCUCUACGACUUUCCCGUUCAACUACAAAGUAG